AUGACACGUCGUCACCUUCGCGGAGGAGAAGCGAUCACUUAUUCUUUCGCCAAGAAUGAGGAGACAAACAUACUUCACCAGCUUGGUUACUACGACCAACAACGCCGCUUCCUUUCAUAUCUCAAUGACAGACGCGAGUGGAUGAAAGCUGUUGUUGCUCAACACCUGGGCCUGAACUCAACCGAUGGGUGCUAUGUGGCAAAGAUAGAAGCCUGGCUCUGUGGCGGGUUUAAUGUCUGCAUUCCUAUCUCCAUUCAGGGUAGUGGGAAACUACCAGGACAACAGGUCGUACUCAGAUUUGCGCUUCCUUAUCGUACUGGCGAUAAUUUUAGACCCGGCAACGGGGACGAAAAGAUACAAUGUGAAGCUGGCACAUACGCAUGGCUCCAACAUAAUUGUCCAGAUGUCCCAAUUCCAUAG